AUGUUAAUACUUCAUGUUGAUUUUCGUCUUGCACCUGAAUAUUCUCUUGAACAAACUAUAGAAGAUGUAAUUAAUGUAUAUAAAGUAUUACUUGAUAGUGAUUCUAAUAUUCAUCGGAGAUUAAUUGGAAUGGGUGAUUCAUCAGGUGGAAUGCUUUGGAUAUAUCUUUUACAAUGGAUCAUAUCUAAUAAUAAACCUCUUCUACAAGGUAUUGUUUUACAUUCUCCAUGGCCUAAUCUUGAAUAUUUGAAUAAUAUUGUUAAAUUCUCUACAGAUCAUUUUUUAUCAUUAAGACUUGCAUAUAAUUUAAGAAAAUUAGCAAUUGGUAAAGAUAUUCAUUGGGUUGAAGUGACUGAUGAAGAACUAAGUAAAAUAAAUCCAAAAGAUGAUUUAUUUCAAGGAUUUCCACCAUUGUAUAUAACAGCAGGUACAAAUGAAAUAUCAAUUGAUGCAAUUCGUGAUAUGACAAAGAAAAUAAGAUCUGCAGGUG